AUGGCGACGGUGCGGCUGGCCUGGGCCCUGUGGGCCGCGCCUGCGGGCGGGAGGCUCCGGGGCCCCCGAGGCACCGGGAGCGCCCGGAGGCUGAGCUGCGGCGCACGGCGGCAGGCGACCAGGGGUACCAGCCCGGGACGCCGGCUCAGUACAGCUUGGGGGCCGGCCCAGCUAGCCCAAGAGGAGGCCGAAGGAGCCAAGGACGACGUCCAUCCGUCUGCAGCGGAGGAGCCGUUGUGGACGCCGCCCCCCGCGCCUCCGGUGCCCCCCGAUUCCCCGGGGCCCCCCGCUGGCCGCUCGCCGCUGCAGCGAGACAUCCAGACCUUCCUGAACCAGUGUGGGGCCAGUCCCGGGGAGGCGCGCCACUGGCUCACACAGUUCCAGGCCUGCCAUCACUCCGCCGACAGGCCCUUCGCCGUCAUCGAGGUGGAGGAGGAGGUGGUCAAGUGCCCGAAGGCCGUAACCAGCCUGGCCUUCGCCCUGGCCUUCCUGCAGCGCAUGGACAUGAAGCCGUUGGUGGUCUUAGGGCUGCCUGCUCCCACGGCGCCCUCGGGCUGUCUUUCCUUCUGGGAGGCCAAGGCACAGCUCGCCCAGAGAUGCAAGGUGUUGGUGGACGCCCUGCGGCACAAUGCGGCCGCCGCCGUGCCUUUUUUUGGCGGUGGGUCUGUGCUGAGCGCUGCUGAGCCAGCCCCUCACGCCAGCUACGGCGGCAUCGUCUCCGUGGAGACCGAUCUGCUCCAGUGGUGCCUGGAGUCCGGAAGCAUCCCCAUCCUGUGUCCCAUUGGGGAGACAGCCGCGCGCCGCUCGGUGCUCCUGGACUCGCUGGAGGUGACCGCGUCUCUGGCUAAGGCGCUGCGGCCCACCAAAAUCAUCUUCCUCAACACCACAGGCGGCCUGCACGACGGCAGUCACAAGGUCCUGAGUAACGUGAACCUGCCCGCCGACCUGGACCUGGUGACCAACGCUGACUGGGUGAGCACUAAAGAACGCCAGCAGAUUCGGCUCAUCGUGGACAUACUCAGUCGCCUGCCCCAUCACUCCUCCGCCGUCAUCACCGCCGCCAGCAUGUUGCUCACAGAGCUCUUCAGCAACAGGGGUUCGGGGACGCUGUUCAAGACCGGCGAGCGGACGCUGCGAGUGCGCUGCCUGGACAGCCUGGACCAGGGCCGCCUUGUGAACCUGGUCAACGCCAGCUUCGGCAAAAAGCUCCGGGACGACUAUUUGGCCUCGUUGCGCCCAAGGCUGCACUCUAUCUACUUCUCUGAGGGGUACAACGCGGCAGCCAUUCUGACCACGGAGCCGGUACUGGGGGGCACCCCGUAUCUAGACAAGUUUGUGGUGAGCUCCAGCCGCCAGGGCCAAGGCUCCGGCCAGAUGCUGUGGGCGUGCCUGCGGCGGGAUCUGAAGACGCUUUUCUGGCGCUCCCGGGUCACCAACCCCAUCAAUCCCUGGUACUUCAAACACAGCGACGGCAGCUUCUCCAACAAGCAGUGGAUCUUCUUCUGGUUUGGCCUGGCCGAUAUUCGGGACUCUUAUGAGCUGGUCAACCAUGCCAAGGGGCUACCAGACUCCUUCUGCAAGCCAGCUUCUGACCCAGGCAGCUGACCCUCUCUACCAGCCCUUCAGGCCCUGGGACAGCCAGUGUGGACUAAAGGCCAAGCCUGCUGGAGGAGACCCAAGGCAGCCACAGGCCGGAUCAGACAUGCUGGCUGAGUGAACUGCAGAAGCAGCAGCAGCUGUUACUCCACCUGCCCAGAGAAGGGCACCCAAGGGAGGACAGGAAGGAAAAGGGCCUGCCCAAGACCCCUACUUGCUCCAAAGCCACAACCAGAUGGCCCGGAAUUUUCAGUCUAGGAAAUCUGGAGGGAGGAGGGUGCCCUUGCCUUUAAGGGCUCUACUCAAGGCUGAGGGUGGACCAGUGUCUUUGACCACUGUGCUGUUUUGAGGCUUCCUUGCUCAAAAUAUCACCCACAUCUGCCUUAUAUUCCACAAUUCAUUUUAAUUCCUUCGGGUCUUGCAACUUCUCAGGAGGCCUUGAUUAAAAUGCAAGUACUUGUCUGAAAGUCAGCACACACUUGAAAGGAAAUUAGCACUGACCCUCUGGGAGCACCAUCUUGAGGGCUGGGGAACCAGGGGGCUCCUAGAGGGAAGAGGGGAGCUAACUGAGGCCGAGGCCCAGAGACAAAUGCUGCCACUAUCUCCCUCAGCCAACUGUCAGCAGCCCCCGGAGGGGCUUCCCUACCCCUUAGUUAGGAAACAUCUUCCAUUCCACAAACCGGACUGACAGCAGCCCCAUCUCCCUUGCCAGGCAGGGCUCAGAGCCAAGGCCAGACUCGGAGGUCUUCCCCUUGGUCCCCCUGGAGGUUGUGUCUCCAUCUUUGCAGGAGCAGGACAUCUCAGACAGGCGAGAGUCCAAAGCCUGUGGUUGCAUUUGACAUUUCUGACCCCUACGAUGUGCCAGGCUCCACACUGGCUGCUGAGGCUACCUUCUGUCAGGAGGUGUGUGGAUGGGUAGGGAGGGACCAGGGGCUGUUGAGAGACCAACCCCCCCAGAGCAGCCUGUCUUCCCUGAGGAGAGGGGUGGCAUCAAGUACACAACUGGGUGUGUGCUUUAGGCAGACCUGGCCUGGAAUCCAGUUCUGUGGCUUCAGGCUAGGGGCUCAACCUUCUCUGAGCCUCCAUUUCCUCACCUGUGAAAUGAAAGUUCCUCGGCUUCAGAGUGGACCCUUAAUCAGUCCUCUCCCUCUAGCUGCCCUCGCCAAAGAUUUCUCUGAAAAGAGCUGGCACCAAAUGGGGAGGAAAAGACAAGCCACAAGGGGGACUGAGUGAAAGGUCAAAGCAUGUACUGCAGGGAGCCUUUGCAGACUUGGAAAGAGAGCCCCAGGACAGGGGAAAGGUCACGGGCGGGUCAAGGUGGGGCUUACCCAGGUAUGGGCUUUCAAGAAACCCAAGAUCAAUCCCAGCCAGUGGCAAAGUGCCCCGUGGGGAGAACAGAGAAGCAAAGCCAAACGUCUAUAUAAAAUGUUUAAUUCUG